GGCACGGUACGAUUUGGACAUCCAUAACUUAAGAGGACAGUGCUACGAUGGGGCAGCGAAUGUCAGUGGACGAAUCACAGAACUGCAAGCUUGUAUUAAGGAAGUAGAGCCUCGAGCAGUAUAUGUACAUUGCAAUGCCCAUACUUUAAAUCUAGUAGUCUAAGAUGGGAUGGAGCGAGUACCUAUUGCAAAAAAUUUUAUCGGUAGUGUAAAGGAGAUGAUAAACUUCAUUCGCGAGUCCCCUAAGCGGCUUGCACAAUUUAAAAAUCUUCAAUCAGAAGACAGUCCUGCAUUAAUGCAAUUUUGUCCUACCAGGUGGUAUGUGCGAGUAAAAUCUUUAAAGACUCUUGAGAAACGAUCGAAUUAUGAGGCUGCUCAGAGCUUUUUCGAGGAAUUACAAAUGACUCAACACUUGACUGCGGCAUUUAUGCAAAGGCUAUUGGAUUCGAAACAGCUAGAAAGUUUCGAAUUUUAUUUUAUGUUGAAUUUCAUGAUUGCUAUUUUUGACAGAAUCGAAAUUUUGAAUGCGAGUUUACAAAAAUCGAAUCUAAACGUCCAUGAAGCGCAUGGUAAAGUGCAGGCCGUCAUGAAAGUUUUUGUCCAAACUAGAGAAAAGAGUUUCGAAACCGUGUGGAAUGAAGCGACCACUAAUGCCAAUAAUCUGGGAUUAAAAGAGCCGAAAUUACCUCGAAUUCGCAAGAUCUGAAGGCGAUUAGAAAAUGAAGGUGCAGUUAGCGGGCACGUGUUUCAUACACCGAAGGAUCAUUAUAAAAAAAUCUACUUUGAAGUAUACGAUCAAGUCAUCGUAUCUUUAAAUGAGAGAUUCUCUUCAAGGACCAUGAAUCUUUUAAAUCUGAUCGAAAAUAUUGCCAUUUGCCAGGAUGAAAGUGACAUUGAACGCAUCGUUUCAGUCUAUAAGACUGAUUUUAAUACUGAUAAAUUAAGAUUACACAGAGUAAUUUUUUGACAUCGUGGCAGCAAGAAACAUAAAGAUCUCGAUUUUAAAUGAUGUGGUUGCAAUUCUGCAACAAGAUCCGACUGUGAGAGAACUUAUUUCAGAAUACACAAAAGUAAUAAAACUUCUGCUCACAAUUCCAGCGACAUCAUGUACUGUGGAAAGAUCAUUUUCAGCAUUAAGGAGAUUGAAAACGUAUCUACGGUCCACAAUGCUGCCAAUCCUACUCAAUUCCACAGCAGUGUUACAUGUACACUCUGACGUAGCAAAGAGUUUAAAUAUAGAUUCACUGAUGAAUGAAUUCAUUCACAGAAAUAAAAUUCGCAGUGCCACGUUUGCUUUGAAAUAGCGUUGUAAUGCUAUGAUAUUACGUGCAAUAAUAUGCAAUAA